AUGCCAAAAUGCGGCAGCCUAAACUGGGUUACCUUUCUAUGUUUCCAAGAUGGGGUGGAAUGGGUUUUUCGCUCCCCAAAGAGCGGCCUUGAUAGUUUUUACUCCGAUGAAACCACCUCUAAGGUUCUUGUUAGCGAAGCAUCUGCGUUACUAUAUCUCAAGGCAAACACCUCAAUUCCAGUUCCCGAGGCUUUUUCAUACCAUACAGGUCAGCAUGGAUCUAGAGAUAAUGAUAUGGGUAUUCCAUAUAUUCUUCAGAGCAAAGCUACUGGCUUCCCAGGACUCCAGCAUCGUCGCCCCCCAAUGGGUAUCUCCGAUGAGAACCGAGGGAAAGUCAUGAGCCAGCUUGGUGUCUUCAUGUCAGAACUAUCCACGCACCGAUUUGAUAGGAAUGGUUCCCUUUUCCAAUAUGGAGAUGCUAGCUACGCCGUUGGUGAAUGCCUCUCACCAUCUCUUACGUGGCAAGAGAGAGACUCACUUGAACUUGACCGCGACCUUUCGCUCACGCCUCACACCUUUUUCGCGCCAGUUCCUGACAUGUUGGAUUAUGAAAGCUUAUCAAGUUAUCAGAAAGCAUCGAGGUGGUGGAACGGCUUUAUGGCAAUCGGCCAAAAGAUUGAACACAGUAAAAAUAUCCUCUUCUACUGCAUUGCAGGGCAAUUUCUGUCUGAGAUGAUACCUGAUCUCUCCUCAAACGCGGCAAGUAGCUUCACGAUCUCCCAUCCAGACCUUCAUCUUGGCAACAUCUAUAUUGAUGAAAACUUCAACAUCACCUCUAUUAUCGACUGGAGUUCAUCGUCAACUGGCCCAGUGUCUGAGAUCCUCACUGCCCCGUCUCUGGGUAGCUCAGCCGCGCCACCAUCAGCGUUUCUCACUGCUGCGUAUCGGUCAAGUUUUAUCCAGGAAGUUACCAAAACAGCCCAAGAGGUGCCUGAUGCGAUUCUCUGGAAGACCUCGGAGAGAAUGCUAUUUGAACUCAUAUACGGGAGGGACACCUAUGAGGAUGAUCUUCCGGUGGAAGAGCUGCAGGAAAGGGAGCGAGCUUGCUUCCCCCCUAAGAGAACUGUAAACACGGACGCCAUUGCUGUGGCGAGAAGGUUGACGCUGAUGUCGGAAAUGAACCUCGCCUUUCUUGCUGAUCAUCGAUUGUGGAGGUGGGUUGAAGAAGCUCGUAAGCAGUAUGAACGCCAGUAG